GUCCCAUCCCAUUGGUCAGCCUGGAUGCCCCCAUCCCUGUCCGGUGUCCCCGGUUCCUGCCUGUCCAUCCCAUGCCGGUUCUCCUUCCCGGACGAGCUCCGUCCCACAUCCAUUCGGGGUCUGUGGUUCUUCGGGAGCCCCUAUCCCCGUUCCUACCCCCCGGUGGUGGCUCGAUCCCGGGGGGGGGCCGUGCACGAGAGCUUCCAGGGAAGAGCCGUCCUUAUAGGGGAUCCCAACCUGCGGGACUGCUCCCUGCUGCUGGACCCUUUGGGGUCGGAGAUGGGGGGGAAGUACUACUUCCGGGGGGACCUGGGGGGGUACAACCAGUACUCGUUCUCCGAGCACGUCACUGUGGAGGUGGUGGCUGAGCCUCUCCUAGAGCUGCCUCCCAUCCUGGUCGCCGGCCUCGAGGCCGAGCUCCGGUGCCGGAUCCCAGACUCCUGCCCCCGGCUCCGUCCCCGGUUAUUAUGGGAUGGGAUCCAGGAUCUUCCCGACCAUUCCCAAUGGGAAUCCCGGGAUGAGGCCUCGGGAGCCGCUUCCGUCCUCGCCUCCCUGCGCUUCCGGCCUCGCCGCCAGGAUGGAGGCCGCAGCCUCCGCUGCCAUGCGGCCUUUGAUAACAGCUCAUUGGCUCUGCAGGCGGAGGUGGAGCUGGAUGUGGAGUUCCCCCCCCAGGUGCUGUCAGUCCAAGGCCCCCCCCAAGCCCCCGCAGGGUCCCCCCUGACCCUGCUGUGUGAGGCCGAGGGUCGCCCCUCCCCCCUCCUGUCCUGGUUCCGGGGGGCGGAGCUCCUGCGGGAAGAGCCGGGGGCCUCGAGGUUGGAGCUGCCCCUCCCCCGCCUGAGCCCCGCCCACGCGGGGACCUACACGUGCGUGGCUGAGAACAGGCACGGGGUGGACAACCGCAGCCUGGAGCUGGAGGUGCACUACCCGCCCCUCCCCCCGCAGGUCACGGGGUCACUCCGCGCCCUGGCCGGUGACCCCCUGCGGGUCACGUGCUCGGCGCGGGGUCACCCCCCCCCCGCGCUGACGCUGACGCGGGGGCGGCGCCUCGUGGCCGUGGGGGCGGGGCCCGAGCCGGAAGUGACGUUGGAGCGUCAGGGGGCGGGGCCACGCGACGGGGGCGGGUACGAGUGCCGGGCCGAGAACCAAUACGGGCACAGCAGCCUCGGUUUCAACAUCACCGUGGAGUUCCCCCCCCAGCUCCUUGGCUCCUCCCACUGCACCGUGACGUCAUCAGACGGCGCCCGCUGCCGCUGCUCGGCCUGGGCCGUGCCCGCGCCCACCGUGACCUUUGAACUCCCGUCGCGCAACGUCACCGUCACCGAGGGCCACGGCGACUUCCGAUUGGUCCCCGGGGGGGCGGCGGAUGAUGACGUCACUUCCGGGGCGGUGACCACGGCCAUGCUGAGCCUCAGGGGGGCCUUGGAGCCAGAGCUGUCCAUCAUCUGCCGGGCUGGGAACGGGCACGGGAGUGUGAGGGGGCAGCUGCGCUUCCGGUACCCAGGGGGUCUGGUCUGGGCUAAGGUGGGGCCGGUCGGGGCCGUCGUGGCCUUCGCCAUCAUCAUCGCCCUCGUGUGCUACCUCAGCCAGAGCCGCCGCAAGAAGGCGGCGGGAAGCCCGGCGGUGACCCCGGGUCAGGGGGCGGAGCCUGAGCCCGAGCAGCGCCCCCUGCAGGCCCGGUGGCUGCGCUGGGCCCUGCAGGGGGGGGAGGGGCCGGGAGCCCCCCCGGACCCUGCCCCUCCCCCCAAGCUCAGCCGGGACCCCCCCGAGGAGCCCCCGGAGUACGCGGAGAUCCGGGUCAAGUGACCCCGCCCCCUUCUGGCCACGCCCCCUAAUCAGGCCACGCCCCCUCCUCCCAUUCAUGCCCUUGGAGUCCCCAUUGUGGCCUAUGGGGGCUUUAAGCU